UGGUAUACACAGGUACAUGGCCCGUUUGUCGCAUGCACUGCCUGGGGGGUGAACUUCACCAACGGUACACGUACAACGUAUGUGCCUUGCCAUCCGUUCGUAAUGCACACAGAGAGCAAGGAACUCUGGAAAUAGUGCCCAGCGCUUGCACCUAUCCGUAACAACGGAUCCGUUCACGGCGUGUGCAGAGCGAUUGUCUGAGCAUCCGCAGGCUGCGUUGAGACGUUUCGCUCAAAGAAUAGGUUUCCUGGUGGUGAAUUGAUCAAGAAGUUGGUGGCGCAGCGCAGUUUGCACAGUUGGUCACCGCGUCGAAACCAGCGCUAGUUGCUCGUUCAAGAUGGCGAAAGACAGACUGAACGUCUCUCUGGAAACCCACCUUCGAGAAACGCUGGCGGCCAUACAGAAAAUCACGCCAGCGAAACUCUCCGACGACCUUGCGCCAUACGUGUCUUCCGAUGAGCGACCUACCACCAAUGUCGCUGUCAUACCCUACGACAUUCUACAAAGGGUAUCGAAAUGGACCCGAACACCAGAAGGAAUGAAAGUCUUGCAAGACUGUUCUCCGCCACUCGAUCCACAGUCCUACUCGAUGGUUUCUCUACUCGCAGGUUCUCGCACGUCGCCGGAGAAACAUUUCCCUCUAUACGUCGCCAAUGACCCGCUCGAGGAAAGUAAACGGGCAGCAGAGACUAGGAAAGCUAUUGCGACAGUGGUGAAUGGCGUGCUCAGCGUCGCAGGAACAGGUGCUGCCACGUGGUGGGCCAGCGAGUGGACCGGACUCAAACUCGAAUGGAGAGCUCUGUUGGCUGUAGCCACCGCCCUCAUCGUUGCAUUUUCGGAGAUCAUUCUGUAUAUAAUUUGGGACUCUCGAAAGGGAUCAAAAACAAGAAAGUUACGAAAGAGGGGCGUCGCAAAGGGCGAAAAGGAUAACGAUGAUCGCGCCGAUACUGUGCAAGUCCCAGUGCACGCUACUGGCACCGCUCUUUACAGCGGAGAUGAUGGUCUUCGUCAUCGGGUCACAAAUCCCGCAAAUGACGUGAUUAAUGGGUAGUAUGUGAAUUUAUUUUUUCUCCUGUGGACAACUAUCCAAUGCACGUGCAUGCCCAGGAAUGC